CCCUCCUAGCCCAUCCCACACCACACGAGUCGGCCGCUUUGGUAGACGAUCGACUCAAAGUCGCAGUCCGACGCAGGUGAGCGCGCGACUUUCGUGUUUCUCUGAAAUCGUGAUGGCGAACCCGGACGGAGCCGCGGAGACGAAGCGCGUCUUCAGGGGGACUUUGAUCCAUGCCACCCGCGAAGAAGCAGCCAAGGUCCUGGAAGAUGCACUACUUGGAGUUGAUGCCGACGGGAAGAUCGCCUUUAUUGGUGAAGGUAAAGAGCUGCAUCGACUCUCAAAAGAAUUUGCAUUCAGUCCAUCCUCAGUAAUUCAGUUGGAAAAACAUGAAUUCUUCAUGCCCGGAAUGGUGGACACCCACAUCCAUGCCCCUCAAUACAGCUACGCUGGCACGGCUCUGGACAUGCCCCUGCUUGACUGGCUCAACACCUACACGUUUCCGGUGGAAUCACGCUUCAAAGACCAGAAUUUCGCACGGGAGGUCUACACUCAAGUCGUGAAAAGAACUCUGAGAAAUGGGACAACCACCGCUUGUUACUUCGCCACAAUACAUACUGACUCCUCUCUCUUGUUGGGUCACAUUGCAGACAAGUUGGGACAGCGAGCCUUGGUGGGCAAGGUGUGUAUGGACCGGAACAAUUCAGUGAAACAUUACAAAGAGACCAUUCAAGAGUCCCUGGAGGAAACCCGUCGGUUCAUCGCUGAGCUCUUGGAGAAGAAGUAUGCUCUUGUGAAGCCUGUGGUAACACCUCGCUUUGUCCUGUCAUGCUCGAGCACCUUGUUGGGACAACUGGGACAGCUCGCAAAGAAUAACAACCUGCAUAUUCAGAGCCAUAUCAGUGAAAAUGUCGAGGAGGUGAAGAUUGUGAAGGAGAUGUUUCCUGAUUCCGAUUCCUACACAGAUGUCUACCACAAACACAACCUGCUUACCAACAAGACAGUGAUGGCGCACGGCUGCUAUCUGAGUGAUGAAGAGUUGGCCUUGUUUCGAGAGACAGGCGCCUCUUUGUCUCACUGUCCAAACUCCAACAUCUCGUUGUGCAGCGGACUCCUCAAUGUCCGUAACGUGCUGAACCACAAAGUGAAGCUCGGCCUCGGAACAGACGUGGCGGGCGGCUACUCUGCCUCGAUGCUGGAUGCUGUGCGGAGAGCCUUGGACACGUCCAAAAUACUGACCGUACAGGACCCGGAACACGUGACGCUCACCUUUGAGGAAGUGUUCCGGUUGGCGACACUCGGAGGCAGCCAAGCUCUGUCCCUGGAUUCCCAAAUUGGAAACUUUGAAGUGGGCAAAGACUUUGACGCCUUGAGGGUGAACGUAACCGUUCCUGGCGGGCCCAUUGACUUGAUCGAGCAUGACAAACCAAAGAUUAUUCUGGAAAAGUUUUUGAAUUUGGGUGACGAUAGGAAUAUAGUGGAGGUUUAUGUGGCUGGAAGGAAAGUGGUCCCAUCCUCCGAGAAGCUCCUCUACUAAACGUCACAUGACUUGGAUUGAAUUGCUCGAAAUGUUGCUUCCCCUCUAAUGAUUGAUAUUAGAAAUGAGUCACGUUCAGGCUGUCAUUGGAUUAUAUGUAGUGGCCAAACUUUGCUAUUCAUUUGCAAGUGGAAGUUAUACAACUGCAUACAGUAGUCUGGCACGUAAAAAAGACUGCACUAUAUCAGCAAUAUAUAUUUAACUGCAUGUUUUUUUUCUGUAAUUUAGCCCACAGUAUGGCUAAUCCUGCUUGUGCUUGUGCUAAUUCAAAAGUGCGAAAAGUGUGGGGCUUGGUUGGGGGAGCUUGAGAAAAAAAAAUGCACUCUAUGCCUUGCCAUUUAAUACAAUAUGUGUGGGUGUAACCUUACUUUUAGGUUUCAUAAAACCACUUCAUUAUCCCCCCCUCUUUUUUUCAGUUUUUUUUUUGUAUGUUACAUUUGUGUGGCCUGAAAUAUGGCAUAAAACCUAUGCAACAAUUUUAUGAAUAUACUCCCGUCAUUGUCGUAUCUGGUGUGCUUUAAAAGUCAGUGUUUUGGUUUCAGAUUGCAAAGGCACAUGAUCUUUUUUUUUUUUUUU